AUGCACCAUUUGGGAGAGGGCUGGCCCAUUCAGCUGAAAUUCAAUUUGCAGCCGGCCGGCCCCCUUUCACAUAUUGCACAGGCAGGCAGGCCUAAUGCACCAUUUGGGAGAGCAUCGGCCGAGCUUGGAUUUACAUGGACCAGCCGGUGUCCGGUAGUCCAGGUUUUGCAGGCCAAUUACCGCUCACAAAGACAUGGAAACCCUCAAGCACAGCACAUGCCACGAUACCAAGUCAUCGCGCUGCUGCUAUGGCUAGCAUACCCCUCAAUCUGUCUGUCAGUGCCACUUGCUUUUUGUUUGUGGGUAACUGAGGCGCUAGGCGUGUUUAGAUCUACUUAUAAGUAUGAUGUUUCAUUUGGUGCAGCUAUCUUUAUCGCCUGCUUCGGGUCCGACAAUGCCGUUGUCAAUAUCAUAACUAUCUUGGCUUGUGUGGCCUUCCUUUCAAAUGGAGCCCUUACGCUCUACGUUUUCGCCAUUGUAGGCAGAAAGCCGGCCAAUGGUAAAAAAACCACCCCCACACAAGUUAUUGACGGGCAUCAUGCUAGUAUAGUAUGGUUGAUCGAAGCAUUGGCUGCACUGCGAGCCAAAGGGGGUGGCUUUAGCACGAUCCUGGACAAGACGACAAUGUCCACCGUGUGGACAAUACAUAUUUAA